AUGCAUGUACCAGGAGGAGUAACGCAGCGGGAAGCAACCUGUAACGCGAUGGCCGCGCGGCGUAGCCAGUACGACCGGCAUGGCACAAAACUGCGGCGAUGGCUGGCGUGGAACCGCUGGAGGAUGAGCGGGGGUAUCAAAGAAUCUCCGGAGGGAAUUCAGCCGUUCGGUGCCCAGCUGAUGACGGACGACGCGGGGCACCGCUUCCUCGUCCGCCAACCCCGCUCGAGCGCCAGCGCGAAACCUCUGCUAACGUGGGAAGCCAAAGCGUCUCAAUCACAGUUAGAUAUUGCUGGAGAAAGACAGUCGGCUGAUACACAAGCAGCAACAAAAUAUAGUGCAACAUUUGAAAAAUUUUUAAAUGACUAUGAUCUCACAGCCGAUCAAAUUUGUAAUGCUGAUGAAACAGGGGUUUACUGGAAGUGUUUGCCCACAAAAACUUUGGCUGGAAACCAAGAACGAAAUGCAACAGGUUUUAAGCUUAAUAAGGAAAGAUUAACCGUUCUUCUAUGUGCUAAUGCUUCAGGUCAGCAUAAAAUUAAGCUUUUGGCGAUUGGCAAAUUUAAGCGCCCACGGGCCUUUAAAGGAAUUGUGCACUUGCCUGUGACCUAUAAAGCCCAAAAGAGUGCUUGGAUGGACAAAGACAUAUUUCACGAUUGGUUUGUUCAUGAUUUUGUUCCAUCAGUUCGUCAGAACUUAAGGAAAUUGGGGAAGCCUGCAAAUACAAAGUGCCUGCUACUUCUCGACAACUGUAGGGCCCACCCGCAUGAAUCAAAAUUAGUCUCUGAUUGCGGGAAUAUUUAUGCAUGUUACUUGCCACCAAACGUAACAUCAUUGAUUCAACCCAUGGAUCAAGGAGUCAUUAGGAACUUUAAAUGUCACUAUAAAAAUGAUUUUAUGACGAAAAUGAUGAAUGAGAAUGUCAACCCUACAGAAUUUCAACGCAGUUUUACGAUCAAGGAUGCAAUAUUUUCACUCGUGACUGCCUGGAAUGCAGUCACGAGUGAAACACUUUUAAGAGCGUGGCGAAAGUUGUGGCCGAAAGUGAUGUUUGCAGAUCUAGUGUGUGAUCAAGACAAAGAUUUUGAAGGAUUCCACAUAAAGCAGAGGGCAUCUGAAGUGCAAGAACUGAUGGAGACUGUUAAAUUAUCUCUGGAAGACAACCCUCUACGCAAGCUUAAUGCUGCUGACAUAGAAGAGUGGAUACACAUUGACGAUGAUAUUGAAGUUGCAUCCACUUUCACUGAUCAAGAAAUCAUUCAAAGCAUUACAACUCCUGAGAAGAUAGAAGAGAAUUGUUCAGAAGAAUCUGGUGAAGAAGACGACAAAGUUGAAGAAAAGAUAUCUUGGGCUGCUGCAGAAAAGGGCAUUGAAACAGUUAUUAAAUUUGUGGAACAGAACCAUGGCUUCAGUCUUCAAGACGUCAUGCAUGCACACAUGGUGCAGAAUAAUCUUAUCACAAAGAAAUUACAAAGUCGUAAACAAGGUGAUAUACGAAAGUAUUUAAAGAAAGCAGUGUCAAGCAGUGCAGCAGAUGCAGUAGAAGCUGCAAGUGUUCCACCCACAAGCAGUGCAGCAGACGAUACACAUGUACAGUAG